AUGCCUUAUCUGGACGACAGUCCGCCGCGAGGCGACACCGCGAAGAUAUGGCAAAAAUUCAUCAAGCACUCCAUUCUGCGACGACUACGACCUGCCCAGUUGACAUCGGCAAUCAAAGAACUGCAGUCGAAACACCGCGCAAAACCGAAGGAGAUCGCAGAGCUGCUGAUGAGAUUUCGAGCUCGACCCGGUGGCCUCGACGAGCCUCUUCUGUUCAGGUACGCCGAGCUACUGGUCAGGGAAAAAUAUAUCACUUCAAGCGACCUUCUCCUGGCUUUGCUUCAGAACUCCGGCUACGGAGAGCGCAAAGCCUAUAACAACGUCACCCGACGCACUGGCAUGCCUUCGUGUGAGGAGCAAAUCUUCACCCUCCUCAUGCAGCACCAUGCUCAUACUGGAAUACCGACCGCCGCCCUAGAGCUUCAAAACAUCAUUUUCGCUAUCUGGCGCUGGAUGAAGGCCGUUUGCGGGUACGAGAUGGGCAAGCAGCUCGAGACUGGCGGCAUGCACACGCUCGAUGCCUACUACAUGGGCAUGUACGAAGCACUUGGAAAUCUGGCCGUCAUCGUGCUUGGCAACCAGAGUAUUCGUGUACUUGCGAAGCAGAAGUGGUGGAAGGAGAAACGAGCGCUAGUCGUUACGGAGAUGCGCAACUACGACACCCACGUUCUGCAGUGGAUGAACUCUCAGCGUGGCGGUCAGUUGAAUACACUAACAAGCAUGCUGCCUUUCAUUGAACUCGACGAGAAAGGACGCCCAAAGUUCACGAACGACCAGAUCCUGGCGUCUGUAUCAGAAGUUGCCAGUGUCAACUCGCGGGCGGGCUUGUUCAUCUGGCUCGACGCCGCACUGGUCGCACUUCCAUCAACCCAGGACCCGAUACUUUUGAGCCAUCUGCAGGCGCGCUAUCCUGGCGAUCCACAGUCAAUGAUGGUCGAUCUCAUGGCUGCCGCCUUCGAUGUCUUGACCAAUGCAAUACUCAGAAAGGAGUCCCGACAGGAUGUCAAGGUCGCGCGCUCCUUUCUCUGUAAUAAGGUGCCGGUUGUCAUGGCUAUGCUUUCGGGCAACAUGCCACCUGGAACAGCGGACACCUGCAUUCAAAUGGCUUUGGUUCCGGGAGGCAUGAUCUCUAUGGACCCAUUACCGCCGAUUACAGCAGGGGCGAACGAGGUCAGGGAGAACCUCAAGCAGACGAGGCUUGAUUUUCUCCAGGCAUGCGCUCUUCAUGGCUUGACUUCGGAAAAUACAAUCUCUGGAAUCAUCCAAGGCAGCGUGACCCUUCCUCGCGUCAUCAAGCAAAACAAAGAUACCCUUGUCGCUCAGUGCACCAACAACAUCAGCCGCUUUGAGGCUAUUCUCGAGGAUGUGGAGGCCAUGCAAGGAAAUGCCGCUGCCAUCUCUGGCUGUGUGUUUGAAACUGUCAACAAUCUGUGUAUGAGCAAGGACACCAUGUCUUUGAAGUCCGCCUGCAACGCGUUACUAAAGAAGAUUCCUCGCAUGGACAUUAUCUUGCAAUACGGAGAACCGCGAAUGCUGUUGUCGCCGCUGUGCACACUGCUUAGUGACUGGAUGCACGACCAGGACCAGAGCGAAUUCACGCCGCAGUACGAAGAGUUUGCGUCUAUCCUACUGCUCACGUUGGCCCUUAUUCACAGGUACGAUCUAGAGCUUUCAGAACUCGGCUUGAUGGGCAAUUUUUUCCUCGGCGGCAUUUUGGAUGACUUUUCAAAACCGAACGCCCCCAAUGAGCUAUCACCUGAACAAUCGGCUCAGCUUGGGAAAUGGGUCGAAGGUUUGUUCACUGUUGACGACAACGGCGAGACCAGUGGUAUAAGUGACGAGGUGAUGCGACACUGUGCUCCUCAGGCAUUUUACCGGCUCGUACCUACACUGUUCCAACACAGUGUGCUUGCUUGCAAAUCGAACGCAAUGAAAAUGAAGGCCUUCAAGGGUGGUCUGGAGCUGCUCUUGGAACCAUUCCUGAUCCCUUCAUUGGUGCUGGGUCUGAAAUGGCUUGCACAGCAUUCCUGGGAAGAUCAUGGAGAUGCUGAUGUUCUGCUCCAAGCCUUGGAUAAGCUGCUCAAGCCAUCGAGCAGUUCGGAAGAAACGAAAGCCAUGCACCGUGCGGUUCUCUCCAUUGUCGCCACGCCUCUAUUUGCCUCACUGCAAGAACUACAUCGGAAGCGACCAGACAAGAAGCAGGCUACUGCACUGAGCGACUUACUCAAGCCGUAUGUUGGCCAACAACGAUCUCUAAGCUGCUCUAAGAGUGAAAUGGACGACUGGUUACAACAGGACAGCGAUAUUUCAUCGCACAUUCAACGCAGUGCACGAGACCUUACAGUGUGGGGUGCACAUACGUCAAAUCCUCCCAAUCCACCACCGAAAUUCACAUACAAAGAAUUUGCCUCUGCGCAACAAAUCCUGGAGCAUGGAAAGCUUCUUGACGCAGUCUUGGAUGAUCUCAAACGCAGCGCAAAUUUACCUGUAGCACUUGACGUCUGGAUAUCCAUGAUCUGUGCUCCGACUGUACAGCGAGCCAAUUCGCCCGCUAGCAAUUUCCAAAACAGUGUACGACUCACUGGCUCGAACAUCUCCGGUCUUCUGGAAAAGCCCAGAGCCGAAGCUGAAGCGUUGGUCCGACUAGGUCGGCGUGUCGAAGCUCAGAUCACCGUGGCUCAGAUGCCACCGAUCUCGAUGCCACUUCAGAUGGAAGACCAGGCAACUGCCGACCAACUCAUACAAGAUAUGGGCCUCGAUCUUACUGGCAACGAAGCCGCUACUAAUGGAGAUGGCGGCCUGAACCAGCACAGCGAUCUUGCAGGUCUGGACCAAGCACUGGACCUCACAAAUCCUUCAGACCAGGAGAUUGCAGACAUGGCCGCAAACGCUGGCACUAUGAACUUCGAUGAGAUCGCCAUGAAUAUGGGCCAAGUAUCACAAAGCAGCCAGCAGAUGAGCGGACAGGAUGAUGAUGACAUUUUUGCGGAUCUGAACGAUAUGGAAGGCAUGGGAGACAUGGGCAUGGAUGACCUGGAAGACUUCAACUUUGGCUAG